AUGGGAAAAGAAGCGACGACAAGACACAUUCGGACCAGAGAAAAGAGAGCAGCGGGACGUUUCAAAAUCUUGUACGCUCUCGCUCUAACGGCCGCGACGCUUCCUACCACCCUGGCUCAGAGUUGCAUUCCUCUGACAGACUCGUCCGAGUGCCGUGCUUUCAACACGGCCUCUAUCUCAACUAAUAGCGCCCUUACUGGACUAUUCCCAUUCCUUGCCAAUGUUACCGACACUUCUUCUUUCGACACACAACUUCAACAAUACAUAUCAAAUGGCUUCAUCCAACAAAGGUUCUCCGACUUGAUAGGCUGCUCCAGCUUCGACUCGUCAAACUCGUCCAACUACUAUGCCCGAUACACCGCUAGUGUUCUCUGCAAUGCCAUUGUACAGAACUCCAUCUCCGCCUGUGGCCUGACCGGCGAUGCCACUCGACCGCUGUGUGCCAACACUUGUGCCGAAUAUGCCGAGAGCGAGCAAUCCAUCACUGCAAGCGACAUCUGUGGCAAUGCAAACUCGAAUGCUAUCAGCCAAAUUCGUGCUGAUUUCACCAACUGUGCACUACCUGCAAAUUCGUUAUCCGGCUCAUGUAUUGCAGGUGUUACUAACGAACCGGACAAUUGUGGCUUCUCUUCCAACCUGGUCAAUCUCUGCUCUUACUGCGCUGCAAGUUCGCCAAAUGCCACUGACUCUUGCUGUGUCUUCUCCAACACCACAAAUCGUUGCGACAACGUCGUUCUACCCAUAGUCGCAACCUCAUCUAUGCAGCCUCUUUUCACCUCGACUUCGUCCGCUACGUCUUCAACUGCUACAAGAUCUCCUUCUUCAACAGCUUCUCCAACCAGUCGGAAACGAAAAGGACUUUCAGGCGGUGCAAUUGCGGGCAUUGUGAUUGGGUCUCUGCUUGGUGUUUUUGUGCUCCUCGCGCUUUUGAUUCUAGCCUGUGUCUUUCUCCGUCGUCGCAAACAGGCCAGUCCGGCAACUAGUGUCUUUAAUCAGCCUGUGAGGUCGCGUCAAGGCGGUCCACCUCCGGCUAUGGCAUACCGACACGACGGCGCUAGUAGGAGCCAAAACGACAGAAUCGAAGCUCUCCCUGGUGGCCGUGUUGCUCGCAUGACAGCUUUGGAAGCUGUAUCGAGCGGGUCAGAUCGCAAUACGCGCUCGCCGACGGUCGCACCCGAUUCUAGCCCAGAAGCCCAAAGGACACCACACUCAGGCACGGGUGGACUAGGUCCGCCCCCUAGGCGGAACGGCUCUUUAUCCAGCGGUUCGCUUCUUGCCUUUGGCACCUACGACAGUCCUGCGCAGGAUGGUAUCUCCUCGCCAGAAGGCACUUCCGAAUCGGAACGACUCGACUUUUUCAAGGACUACUAUUCACAAGAUGACAUACAUCCAGGUGAUAUUGUAUCGUCUUUGUGGGCCUAUCAACCCCGUGCUGCGGACGAGUUUGAGCUUGAACGAGGCGAUAUGGUCAAAGUUGUUGGUAUAUGGGAUGAUGGUUGGGCCACAGGUGUGCGUAUCAGCAUGCGUGCAGAAGAUUGGGCAAGCAAGGGCAAGCUGCCACGCGACAGUGGUAUGAGCAGUGGCGAAGCAAGUCCCGAGGAAUACGGUCCGGUGAAGGCCUUUCCACUGGUCUGUGUGUGUCUACCGCAACACUGGCGUCGGACCAUUGAAGGCGACUCGACCGAUAUGGGCACAAUGGACGAACGGCCUAACAGCCCGUAG